UUAUUAUUUUCCUUUAAUUACGAUUCGGACAUACUGAGGAAAGUUAGCAACCCCAAAAUUAGUUGUUUAUUUUUUAUUUUUUUAACUUAUCAAAACCUCCAUUUUCACAUUUUCUCAAGAAUCUCAUUACUUGAUAAAGCCUAAAAAUUCAAUCUUUUCCCCAUAAUUUCAGUUUUUAAUUCUCAAAAAAAUCUUAAAAUUUUCAACAAAAAAUUCUGAUCAUUUCCAUCUUCAUUCUUUGCUUAACUUUCUUGUUUUAUUCUAAGUCUGUUUUUGUGAUAAGCUCUGGUAAGACUUCAAAAUUAGCACUAAUUAAGCUUAAUUUAUGUUUUUCCCCUAAAAAAAUAAUUCUGGGUUUCUUUAUUGAAGGAAAUUUUAUGGGGUUUUGAAGGAAAGGAGAGGGAAAUUUUCUGUUCUUUUUUUUUUGGGGGGGGGCUAUGGAGGGGAGUAACAGUGGAGUUACAGUGGUGCGAUCAGAUGCUCCAUCAGAUUACCAUGUGGCAGCAAGGACCACUGAGAAUCCAACAACACAAACAGUGACAUCCCAGGUUGUUGUUGUCUCACCAACGCCGGCAACCGCCAUGUCUGCCGGCGCCGGCUUAUCAGCUACUGUGAAGAAGAAGAGAGGCAGACCAAGAAAGUAUGCACCAGAUGGGUCUGUAAAUGUUCUUUCUCCAAAGCCAAUUUCAUCAUCUGCACCGUCGCCGGUGAUUGAUUUUUCAUCGUCGGAGAAAAGGGGGAAAAUCCGGCCAGUUGGGUUAGUUAGUAAAACCCAUCAUCAACCAAAAGUUGAUUUAGAGACUCCAGGUGAAUGGGUUUCAUGCUCUGUUGGUGCUAAUUUUACACCUCAUAUUAUUAUUGUAAAUACUGGAGAGGAUGUCACCAUGAAGGUUAUAUCAUUCUCUCAACAAGGGCCUCGAGCAAUAUGCAUUCUUUCAGCAAAUGGUGUGAUUUCAAGUGUUACACUUCGUCAACCAGACUCCUCUGGUGGCACAUUGACGUAUGAGGGCCGGUUUGAGAUACUGUCUUUGACCGGAUCAUUUAUGCCAUCAGAGACUGGAGGAAUGAGAAACAGAUCUGGCGGAAUGAGUGUAUCACUAGCAAGCCCUGAUGGACGUGUUGUUGGGGGUGGAGUAGCUGGUCUAUUAGUAGCUGCCAGUCCUGUGCAGAUUGUUAUAGGCAGCUUUCUUGCUGGAGAGCAACAUGAACAGAGAACCAAGAAAAACAAACCAGAGUCCAUUAUUGCUGCUGUUCCUCUACCCGAGACGGAAGACCCUUAUCACUCCUCAGUAAAACAAACCACGCCAACUUCCUCUUCUUUCCGCGUAGAUAAUUGGUCAGCCCCUGAUUCUAGGACUAAGCCAGCUGAAAUAAAUGCAACUCUUCCAGCAUAGGGUGGAAUUUGAAUGUGGUUUACUAGACCACUAGGACUACGUGUCUUUAACGAAGCUCCUAUUGAUCUUUCUCACCUCCUAUUUGAUGUUUGUUUGAGGUCUGUGCAGUAAUCCAAACUAGUUUUCUAGAUAGCCUUUGUUAUUCUGGUGUUUUGCUGUAGAAUUUUAGAUGUGAUGUUGUCGUGACGCUUUUGUUACGGAAGUUACCACGGUCUAGGUUUAUGGAUGGAUUCCUAGAAAAUGAAUCACAUCUUAGAGUGUUAUAAGGGUUUAUGUCUAGUUUUAACAGGCAUAUUCAUCCUCUUAAUUAAAUGGCACAUUUUGUACUUUGCACCUUUUAUUGUGAUCGACUUCCUUGAUCCAAUC